AUGUUCUCGUUAAUGCAGAACGCGGCUCUGUCGUGUCGGGGCACGGGGCAGGCGCCACGCGAGACCAAGCUCAUGUUUUUGGGGCUGGACAACUCGGGCAAGACCAGCCUCUUGGCCCUUCUCAAUCGAGAACCGCUGAGUGACGUGACCUCGACCAUUGGAUUCAAUGCGGUCAAGCUACGCAUCCUUGAUCAGCCGUGCGAGGUUUAUGAUGUGGGUGGCAACGCUCGCAUCCGCGACAUUUGGCCCAACUAUUUUGCCGAGGUCCACGGAGUCGUCUACGUGGUUGAUGCUUCCGACGAGAGCCGGCUUAACGAGGCUCGCGACGCGCUCUGGAGUUCCCUUCAACACGACUACCUGUCUGGCAAGCCCGUGCUGGUUCUGGUAAACAAGCGUGAUCUAACUGGGAGCAUCGAUAGUCGUACCAUCGCGCAGCGACUGGCUCUUAAUCAACUGGCAUCAAUGAAGAACAAAUCUGUACUUCAUGUGACCGACUGUACCCUGACAGACAGCAAGCGGUCGCGCGUGGCCGUGCUGGAUGGCUUUCGCUGGCUGCUACAGCGUGUGGAGGAGGACUUGGAAAUACUUGAGCCUCGUCGCCGCGAGCAGUGUGCUCUUCAAGCCGAACAGGAGGCCCGUGAGAGGUCGGAGAAGCGGGAACGGGUGCGUCAGCAGCGGGAAGCACGGGCGCGCCAGCAAGAGCAAGACGAACUUGCCGCACAGCGCCAGGCCGAAACGGUGGAAUUUUACGUCGCACCGUUGGUCCUGCUUGAGAGGCUACAAGCUUCCAUCCAAGCGAAUCCACCCGCAGAGACCCGCCUUGCCUGGGACGCCACCAGCGUGCCCUUGUAUCGUGCCAGUUUAGAACACGGCUGGCUGACACUGUGCAAGCAAGCACGGCAGGGUGAGGCGUUUGGCUUGGCCACAGUGGCCCAGGCCAUUGCCACCCACUACUGGCAAGCCAUCGGUGGCAUGGUGGGUCGACCGGUUGCAGUACACCCCAAGCCCGAGAAGAGCCAGUACUACCCUUUGUGUCUCACGUGUCCCUUUUUUGCCGUUUACGACAGGGCUCAGCACCCCUCGACUGGCUGGAACACGGCCCCUUUCGGCCAGCAGCUCAGACCUCGCAUGAAGUCUUUUGCGAAUUACAUCCGCCCUACAAGCACUUGCCAGUACACGAUGCUUGAGUACAAGGACCUGUAG